GCGUCAUGUACGAAGUGUAAAGAAGAGAACUCCUCUUGAAUCUGCGGCAUCGGGAGCCCCUCUUGUUCCUGCGGCAUCGGGAGCCCAACAACCUCUUCCUCAGCCACCAGCACCAGCACCAGCACAUGGGACCGGGGCGGGUCCGGCCCAGGGAGCGCCCGGUAGGGCCGAAGACCAACCGCAGGCAUCACAGGUGGAUCCGUCCAUGAGAAGGCUACUUAAAAGAAUCUCAGGUUUGAAUAUUGGGCCAAAUGCGUCCCAGCGGAACAUAAUACCCGAGGACCAACCCAUGCCUGAUGCUCCCGAUAAUCCUCAGCCGCCGUUAAUUCCAGAGCUGCCGCCUGUUCCUGUUCCUGUGCCACGACCAUAUGCUCCACCGGUGUCACCAUUUCCAGUACCAGAACCGCCAGAUGUUCCUGUAAUACCACAUGUUCAACCAGUCCCUCUUCCUGAGCCCCCGCCGCCUAUUCCGGCAUCGAAUGACCCAGUACCACCACCAGUAGAUCCAGUGCAGGAUGAGUGGUGGCUCCCGCCUAGAAACCCUCCGGUCCCGCCUAUAAACCCUCCGGAAGGUCCCGGAGCUGAGGCUGCAGCUCGAGCUAUCCAGGUCGCCCAGGUCGGAUUUAACGAAGUCAGCAUCCCGAGCACGGACUGGGCCAUCGACGUGCCGCCGCGUGAACCCGUAAAAACCAGGGAAGGCGACUCGGACUGGUUGCACCAACACGUUCCGGGUUGGGGGACAGAUGAUGAAAAUAAGGACGAGCCCAAAAAGAAGGACCGGAAUGACGGCGACGACGACGACGGCGAUGACGAUGAUGACGAGUUUGAGUAUGAUGACGAGGACGAUGACGAUGACGAUGACGAAGAUACGGAUUGGGGGCAGGGCAAAACGGAGCGGUGGAUGGAGGACUUCGCUCCAAAUAAGUUCGCGGACAGAGAUUAUAACAUUGACACAGGCGAGCCAGACGAUCUCGAAGUGUGUGAGAGAAACUCCAGUGAAGACGUAAUGACUUACGGUAUAGGGUUAGUUAAGAGACACCCCUAUGUCCCAUUAUCACUUCAGGAUGCUAACUAUACUGCAGUACGUAGCGAUACUGGUUUCCAAUCAUAACUACCCAAAGCCCCCCCUUUAAGCCAUUCUACGGUUAUGGCCAAGAAUACACGUCUCAACAAGUAUCUUUACCCGCGCUGCAUAUGAGUAUUAUUAACAGGUAAUAAAUAGAGCUCGAGUUUCUCCUCGCAGUAGCAUCUGCCAUGAGACCAAGACCUGGAGAACGAUAUCGUAUAGAUCCACAUCCACGAGAAAAGCGUUGGAUAUCACGAAGGCUUGAGGCUCACAAAAUCAACCGCACUGAUGACGA